UCCAUUGAGGAAGUAGGAAGUUUGCUGGUGUGCUGUGCUUUAGGGUCCGUCUUUGGAAACUAUGGGGGAGAGUGCCAAUGAGUUCUGCAGCUACAGCGCGAAUGCAGUGACCUAUGAUGAUGUGCAUAUUGACUUCACUUGGGAAGAGUGGGCUUUGCUGGAUCUUUCCCAGAAGAAUCUCUACAAAGAUGUGAUGCUGGAAACCUACAGGAAUCUCACUACUAUAGGCUACAAUUGGAAAGACCAUAAUAUUGAAGAACAUUAUCAAAGUUCUAGAAGACAUGGAAGGCCCGAAAGAAGUCUUACUGGAGAGAAACCCUGUGAUAAUACUCAAUGUGCCAAUGCAUUUCCACAUCACAGUCAUUUUCAAAGACUUGAAAGAAUUUCUACUCGAAGAAAACGCAAUGAAUGUAAUCAAUGUGGAAAAACCUUUGCAAAUCACAGUUAUCUCCGAAUACAUAAAAGAACACAUACUGGAGAGAAACCCUGUGAGUGUGAGCAAUGUGGUAAAGCCUUUGCACAUCUUAGCAGCCUCCAAAGACAUAAAAGAACACAUACUGGAGAGAAACCCUACAGAUGUAAUCAAUGUGACAAAGCCUUUUCACAACCCACUAGUCUCCAAAUACAUAUAAGAACACAUACUGGAGAGAAACCCUAUGUAUGUUAUCAAUGUGGUAAAGCCUUUUCACAACACAAUAUUCUACGUGUACAUAAAAGAACACAUACUGGAGAGAAACCCUGUAAAUGUAAUGAAUGUGGUGAAGGCUUUGCAAGUCAUAGUCAUCUUCAAAAGCAUGAAAGAACGCAUACUAGAGAAAAACCCUACAAAUGUAAUGAAUGUGGUGAAGUCUUUGCCCGUCACAAUUACCUUCAAAGGCAUCAAAGAAUUCAUACUGGAGAGAAACCCUAUGAAUGCACUCAAUGUGGUAAAGCCUUUGCAUAUAACAGCUAUCUUCGAAUACAUGAAAGAACACAUACUGGAGAGAAACCCUACAAAUGUAGUCAAUGUGGUAAAGCUUUUGCACGCCACACUAGUCUCCGAAUACAUAAAAAAAUACAUAGUGGAGAGAAACCCUAUAAAUGUAAUCAAUGUGAUAAAGCCUUUUCAGAACAGAGUUAUCUCCGAAUACAUAAAAGAACACAUACUGGUGAGAAACCCUACCAAUGUACUCAGUGUUGUAAAGCCUUUGCACAUCACAGAAGUCUUCAAAUACACAAAAGAACACAUACUGGAGGAAACCCUUUGAAUGCAAGUAAUGUGGUUAAGCCUUUGCUUGUAACAGUAGUCUUUGAAGUCAUGAAAAGAAAUCAUACUGGAGAGCAAACCUAAAAAUGUCAUCAGUGUGGUAAAGUCAUUGAACUUCAUGAGUCUUUAUACAAGAGGAAAACUUUAAAUGUAUAAUCAAUCUGUUAUAGACUUUGUAUACAACAGUAAUCUUUGAGAACCUGAAAGAAUUCACACCAAAUGGAAACCAAGCAAAGGAUUUUGUAGGACCAUUAGCCAAAACACUUAUAUUCAGUUAAAUUAUUAUUCUGAAGAUUAUUCUAAAGAUUAUUCUGAAGAAAAAAAUCUGACAAGUGUCAACAAUCUGUUCAAGCAUGAUGAUGUACCUCUUUAUUUUAUUUGCACCUCUAAACUCGUGGAAAAAGCCCUAUGAAUUUAAAUGAUAAGGUAACCCUUUUAGAUUUCUCACUUCAGUUACAUGAAAUAAUUCAUCCAGGUGUAAAACGUCAUGGGUGUAGUGGCUCUGUCCCCUCCAAGUCUUCCACUCUUUUCGUUUCUUGGCAACUACAUGCAGCUGUCAGUGACAGCACCCUGCAAGCCCCCAUUUCAUGGACCACACGUGGACCUUAAAGCUCCUCGGUCCCCACAUGCUCACCCCUGUCUCCUUCCUGCCUGGUAGGAGUAAGGUUAUUUUAAACAGACAUUUUAUCUCCAUUUGGCUAACCACUAAUGAUACAAUAGACCCCAUGAAAUUCUAAUUUCCCAGGAAUCUCAUUCUGGGCAAAGAUUGAGUCUUUUGGGGGAAAAAAAACAAAACAACUUUUCUGCUGAAGAAACAUGUACUCCUUAUAUGAAUACCUUGCACUAGAGAAAGCUGAGAAUGGGGGAGGGAUUUAGGGAUGGAAAAAAUUCAUUAUAUGGCUUAGUUCGAUUACUUAGUUAUGCGUACCUCUUGCCAUCUUCUAAACCUAUUUGUACUCCAGGGAUUGAUUGGUUACCUUAUAUCCUCAUCACUGUUACAAAUCAGUCACACUGAAUA